AUGCAGUAUUGCAAAGGCUACAAGUUUAGAGCCGUGUUUUUUGUUAUAAUCAUAACUUUAACUUUUACGUUUGGAGCGUAUUAUUUUUCUGCUGAUAACGCAGUCUUAAACAGUUUUAUUCCAACAGACAUUGGUAACAAGCCGCCAAGUCAAGAGAUAUUGAAUGGUCAUAUCUGGUUUAUUUCAAAUGGAGCAACUGACAAGAAUUCAAGUCAAAAGAAGUCAAGAGAUGUUGCUAAGGGAGCAGACGACAGGCCACCUAGGCAAGAGAAAAAUGCAGAAAAGCAAGUCCCAUUUAUCAAAAAAGUAGAACGGCCUUCAACUCAACAGAACUUUGUAGAUCAGGAAUUAUAUGAGAUAAAAGAAGCAGACGACACGUCAACACGACAAGAGAGUUUAACUGAUGGUGUCCCACUUAUUCAAAAGGGAGCAGACGACAAGCCUACAACACAGGAGAGUUUAACAGAUCGUGUCCCACUUAUUCAAAAAGGAGCAGACGACAAGCCUACAACACAGGAGAGUUUAACAGACGGUGUCCCACUUAUUAAAAAAGGAGCAGACGACAAGCUUAUGUCACAAGAGAGUUUAAAAGGCCGUGUCCCACUUAUUCAAAAAGGAGCAGACGACAAGCUUACGUCACAAGAGAGUUUAACUGAUGGUGUCCCACUUAUUCAAAAAGGAGCAGACGACAAGCCUACGUCACAAGAGAAUAUUCCAGAAGAAAUAGGCGUCCAGCCUCCACAAAGAAGCCAUGCAUUACUGUCGUACAAUAGCAGUACUCCUGUUAAAAUCGACUACAGACAACGUUUCUUGGAUUUUGCUAAGGAGGAUGUUCUGCAUACGAAACGUCCCACCUACAUAGAAUACUUGAAGAAUCCAUGUUGGUACGAGGACCAUGGUGAGAAGAAGAAAUUACGCUGCCUCCCCUACUUUAUGAUAUUAGGACAAAACAAAUGCGGAACCACUAAUCUUUACAACAGUAUGGUGUUACAUCCUGAUAUUAUACCCUCCAAAUCCAAGGAACCACAGUUUUGGGCACGGAUGCGACACUGUUACUGUUGCAGUAAACUGACGUAUCACUUCCUCUGUUACAAUAACAGACACUGGAACUGGACAGCCUAUGUUAAAUAUUUCGAUCCAACAGCGAAGAAAAUACAAAAAUUGCUGAAGUCUGAGGACCAGAUAGAUAUAGAGCACAGUGCUGAACUUGUAACAGGAGAGGCCACGCCCUCUAACUUGUGGGACAAUCGUUGGUGGUGGAAUUAUAAGAUAAACCAGAACGACACAGAACCUCCAGGUCUUACCAACGCAGAUUACAUACAUCACUUCAUGCCAAAUCUUAAAAUAAUUAUCAUAUUACGGAAUCCUGUUACGAGAUUAUACUCCGACUAUCUGUAUGUUACCAAAGGCGUAAGAUCACCAGAGGGAUUCCAUGAGGAAGUUUUAAGAGAAAUAAACUGGUUUCAAAAUUGUUCAAGGUUACACGACAUUCGGUAUUGUGUGUUUCGGAACUCCUUUGAGGAGAGAAACGUGACUAGCAAGGCACGCCUUCAGAAUGGAUUUUAUGGCGUGUUUAUUGAGGAAUACAUGAAGUUAUUUUCGCGGGAACAAUUUCAUGUAAUAAGACUUGAAGAUUAUGCCAUACAUAAGACCGAAGUAAUGGCAGGCAUAUUUCGUUUUUUAAAUCUACGGGACAUGGACGAACCAGCGAGAAAAGUAAAGAUAAAUAGUACAAAGAAAAAGGGAUCAAACGUUGGGGAAAUGUUACUGGAAACGAAAUCCUUACUCGAAGAAUUCUACAAACCAUAUACUGAACAUUUAGCAGAUUUACUGAACGAUUCUCGUUUUUUAUGGUUGGAUUAG